AUGCCUAUUGGACUCACCUAUCUUGGUUUACGAUGUGUAUUGGAGCAUUUGGAUGCGGUUAAGCGAAUUCACAUCGCGUCCCGCAGUGCUGUCCUUCAAAAGAGCGAAAAGUCAAUUCCUAUUCGAUUGAACUAUCUUUACAUAAGCAAUGGCGUAACAUGUCUAGACUAUUGUUCAAUGAGCUUUAGGGAUGACAAAAUGGAAUUAGAGUUUGACGAUGACAGAAGAAAAAUACCAUGGACUGUGCUUCAUUCCGUUCCCGUACCACAAAACUUGGAUACCCAAACUGUGGGAGAUAAAAUAAAUCAAUAUUAUAUGGGAGGAAGAUCAAAUGUUUAUGUAAAAAGACUGAAAAGUAAUUACUUUGAAGACUUCCUUCCGAUUAUCGAUCCGAUCAGUUUCCCGCUGAAAUAUCUGAAGACUGGGACGGCCGGACUCCAUACUUACGACCACCCGGUCUUCCGUUCUGCGGAAUCUCUUACAUUUGGUCUUUUCGAAGAAAAUAGUGAAGCAGAAAUGAUAUGUCUCCAUAAAUUGCCAUGCAAAACUAUCCUAUUCGAGUACAACCUCGAAUGGAUUAAUAUUGCGAAUAUGAUCCGAUAUUGGAUGAGAAAUCCAAAAGAAAUUGGCACAAAGUACACUUUUGUCGAGUAUGACCAUAAACUUGUAUAUAGCGAGUUGAUGACUAUAAAACGAGAGUUUGAGGAAAUUCGACAUGAUUUGGAAGGAACAAGAGUGAACGGCUGCAACUAUCCAAGCUUCCUGAUUCCAUUAAAUCCGACAUCGAAGCUCCUUGUUUAUGCAAUUGACAGUGAUGGACCGUACCACAACUUUAUCAUUAAAGUAGUACCGGAAUCUGAAACGGAUUUUACUGGAAUAGAAGGAGAGAUGGCUCAAUUGUCAUUAGAUAUUCUUGAUUGA